AUAUUGGGUGGUCCGGGACCUCCACGUCAGCGUGGUCCCGGACCACUCACGCGGCGCCAAGUGGAAUUGUGGGCCCCUUGCUGUCUCUCCUCCUCUUCUCUCCCACGUCGUUCCAAUUCAAACCAACGCGCGUGCAUUCUCUCUCCUCUCUCUUCUCACUCUGUCCCCUCUUUCCUGACCCGACGACUCUCUCCCAAAUAGCGCUCGCUCUCCGACGACGGCGACGCUCCCUGCCGACGACGGCCUGUCUCUCUACUCGCCGGCCUCUUCGCUCUCCGACGACGGAGACGCUCCCUCCCGACGACGGCCGUGCUCUCUUCGACGACGGCGACGCUCCCUCCUGACGACGGCCUCUCUCUCUACUCCACGGCCUCUUCGCUCUCCGACGACGGCGACUCUCCCUCCCGACUACGGCCCCUCUCUCUACUCCACGGCCUCCUCCUCCCGACCUCUUUGUUCCCGAAUCGCGCUCUCUCCUGACGCUGGGCUUUUCCGACGAGGGCCGCGCUCUCUCCGCUAUGGUCAAAGCCGUCUCUCCCGAGAAGCCCUAGAUCUGCAACGACAAUCCCCGCUUCACUUCGUACAGGGCCGACGAGGUCCUUGGUCGGAACUGGGUUUGUUAUUGACAUGAUGACCAGCACCAUAACUGUUGGUAGUCAGACCAACUGUUGCUCAUAAUGCUGAGGAGGAUUUAACUGCUGUAAAGAAUAAAAUUUAGGAUAGUCAAACCAGAAGGUGGCAAGCAAUUGGCAUGCUAAGGCAUGUUCUGUUCAGCUACUUUACCUUGGAGAUUAAAGAAACAUGCCAUUGACUUCUUGCUUUGCACCACAGAAGGAGAUAUCUCACAGAGAGUGAGAGUGAAACUCUAGAUUUCUCAUAAUUUGUUCCUAGCCAUUUUGCUGCCUUGCAGGGGAUUAAGAACGUCAUCAUGUACACAUCGGAUGCUGUGCUAAGGAAGAAAGCUUUUGAUGUACUGGAAAGGGUUAGUGUUUUUGACUAGGACAAAAUGUCCAGACAAGGAUAAAGCAAUUCGCUUUGAUGAAUAAGUUCAAGAAGAAAGUUCUCAGAGUAGUAGUAGACAAUUUGGCUGAUGAGCAAGUGGAUCAUAUCAAAGAGAUGUUCCACGUGAUGGACACCGAUAAAAAUGGAGAUCUGACAUUUGAAGAGUUGAAACAUGGCCUGCACAAAUAUGGACAGCAAGUUGCUGAUCCUGAUGUGCAGAUGCUGAUGGAUGCAGCUGAUGAAGAUGGAAGUGGAACGUUGAACUGUCACGAGUUUGUGACUAUGUCAGUCCACUUGAGAAGGAUUGGUAGCGAUGACCACCUUACUCGAGCUUUUGAAUUCUUUGACAAGAAACGAAGUGGAUAUAUUGAAUUCGAUGAGUUGAAAGACGCUUUGAUAGAUGACAAUCUUGGUCCGAACAACGAAAAAUUUAUUGAAGACAUCAUUUUCAAUGCUAAUUUAGAUAAGGAUGAUCGGAUCAGUUAUGAUGAAUUCAAGGCCAUGAUGAAAACAAGCAUGGACUGGAAAAUGGCUUCACGCCAGUACUCGAGAGCGAUGCUAAACAGGCAUUGGAAAGGAGGCAUUCUUCCCUCAGAGGCUAAAAGAUGUUCCACCCAUGGCUUCUUAAUCUGAUCCAGAUGAAUCGAGAAGAAACAAAAUCGAAGUCUCAUCAAAAGGGUAUUGGGAAGGAGGCAUUAUACAAAAUCAUUGCAUUGGUUUGCUAUUCCAGUGACAUAAAUGCUAUGAAAAUUUUGUAUACAUGGGGUCUAAAUAGUCAGAUUCCUACGCCACUUGGCAUUCGAAUUCUCUUUUUAUGUUUUUAUUUUCCGUAAUUAAAGGGAAAAUCAAUUAAAACUA